AUGACGCACGCCAAAUCCCGCGCCAGAGUCAAAAUUGAUCCCAUACCGACGCACGACGACCGCGAAGUGCGCCGCCGCGUGCACCACGAGGCAGACAUUGUAAUUGUGGGCGCUGGAGUCGUGGGAUGUGCAGCCGCAGUCGCGUUUGGGAAACAGGGACGCAGUGUGAUUUUGCUGGAGAGGAGCCUCAAGGAGCCGGAUCGCAUUGUUGGGGAGUUGCUGCAGCCGGGGGGUGUGCACGCGUUGGAGAGGUUGGGGCUUGACGACUGCCUUGAGGGCAUCGACGCCGUCCCCUGCUACGGCUACCAAGUCUCGUACUUCCGCGAACCCGUCCACAUCCCCUACCCUCAAACCUCACCCUCAUCCAAGCGCCCCGAAGGUCGCUCCUUCCACCAUGGACGCUUCAUUCAGAAACUACGAGCGCGCGCUAAAGCUGCACCAAACGUCACCGUCAUCGAAUCCACUGUCGUUGACGUUGUCAGAAACGGAUGGACAAACCAGAUCCUGGGCGUCGAAUGCUUGACCUCCGGGCAAAAAGACUGUUAUUUCGGCAGCCUAACCCUCAUCUCCGACGGCUACGCUUCCAAAUUCCGCAAGUCCUACCUUCCAUACACGCCCGAGGUUCGCUCGAAAUUCUUCGCCCUGGAACUCAUUGAUGCGGACCUCCCUUGUCCAAAUCACGGCCACGUGAUUCUAUAUGACGGCCCUCCGAUCCUAAUCUACCAAAUCGGCACCCAUGAAACCCGCAUCCUCAUCGACAUACCCGAAAACUUACCCACAGCUAGCACCAAGAACGGCGGCGUGAAAGGCCACAUGCUGAAUGUAACCCUACCCGCUCUUCCCCCCUCUGUGCAACCCUCGUUCAAAAAGGCGCUGGAAGAGGGGAAGUUGCGGAGUAUGCCGAACUCCUUCCUCCCGCCUGCAACCCAGAAAACGCCGGGUUUGAUCGUCCUGGGCGAUGCCAUGAACAUGCGGCAUCCGCUCACAGGAGGCGGUAUGACAGUCGCAUUCAACGAUGUCGAUUUACUCGCAACCUUGCUCUCUCCCGACCACAUCCCCGAUUUGGAGAAAACAGACCUCGUUGUCCGACAAAUGUCACGCUUCCACUGGUCCCGCAAAGCCUCCUCCUCCGUCAUCAACAUCUUAGCCAUGGCCUUGUACUCCCUUUUCGCGGCAAACGAUGCAUCACUUUCCACUUUACAAAACGGAUGUUUUCGGUAUUUCCAGCGGGGAGGUGCGUGUUUGAGUGAGCCGUGUGGGUUGUUGGCCGGCUUGAUUAAGACGCCGAGUGUGUUGAUUUAUCAUUUCUUUGCGGUCGCAUUUUACGCGGUUUGGAGACGGAUGGUGGAGGGACCGGUAUGGCGGAUUCCGUAUGUAGUGUUUGUGGAGAGUCUGCUGGUUAUUUGGAAGGCGUGUGUGGUCAUUGGGCCGUAUCUGGUUUGGGAGAUGAGACGAUAG